GGCCCACCCUCCGGCACAAAAUGGCGGAACGGGAGCACAACUGAAAGCGCGAGAAGGGGCUGAGGGAAAGGAGUGUGGAGCCACACAAUACAAGCAUCCGGCAUUUAAUAGGGAAAAUCAGCUUCUAACCUCCAAAAGGGCCUUACCGGGACAGAGUGAUCGCUAAGGGCAACAUCACCUAUCGCAGCCAGUAACACCAAAAUGGCAAAGAGGACCGCAGACAAGGAACUAACUGACCGAAAUUGGGAUCAGGAAGAAGAAUCUGAAGAGGGAAACAGGAGGGUUCUUCAGAGGUCAAUUAUGAAGAACACUGCCUUGCAUGCAGGUACUUUCUCGGUUGCAAGUGAAGAUGUGCUGAAAAACAGAGCUAUCAAAAAAGCAAAACGCAGAAAUGUUCUUACUGAGACUGAUGGUGGUGGAGUUUUCAAAGGAUUCUCUGGUCUUACUUCAACUGGAAAUACUGGUUUUGGAGGAUUUGGAAAUGGUUCUGGUUUCAAGCCUCUGCAAGGAUUAUCCAAUGGAAGCACUCCAUCGUCAUCCUCUUCAACAUCUGUCCUUAGUUGUGCUACUGAUGUAAAUGAUGCAGUGGGUUCUUUUCUGUCUAAUGGUCCUCCUUCAAAUCCCUUGGCGAAAGGUGAAAUAGGUACAAAAGCAAAUGGUGUUAAUCAACUUAACACUCGGAGUAAAACUGGCUGUAACGAAUACAACAAACAACUCACAGCACUAAAUUGUUCAGUCCGGGAUUGGAUCACCAAACAUGUCAAUGAGAAUCCGCUAUGUGAUUUGACCCCAAUCUUCAGGGACUACGAGAAGCAUUUGACGAGCAUUGAGCAGAAAUAUGGUAGCAGCUCUGAUAGUGGGUCAGAGAGUGACACAAGCAGCAAGAGGCCAGAAACGCAGUCUAUUAACACAUUUGGUGUUUCUAAAACAUCAGCAGGGACAACCCCACCACCCAUCUUUUCAUCUGUUAAAAGCAAUGAUAUUAUUCCACUCACUUCAGAAAUGAAACCUGAGACUACGAUAGGAAAUAGUGGAAACAGCAGCUUCCUCUUCGGGAAAACAGGGGAAAAACCACCUUUAUCUGGCUUUUCUUUCAGUAGUGGAACCUCAGGCUCAUUAUUUGGAAAAGAUCUAAACCAAGAAAAGUCCGGAGCUCCAACAUUUUCCUUCACCGCAUCUGUAGCAAAACCAGAAGAAAUGAAUAGCAGUGAGCGCAAAGAUGAAAAAGAUGAAGAGAAUGAAGAACCUCCCAAGCCAGUUGUGACUGAAGUCAAAGAAGAGGAUGCAAUCUUUUCCAAGAAGUGUAAACUGUUCUACAAGAAAGAUGGGGAUUUCAAGGAGAAGGGAAUUGGUACAAUCCAUUUGAAACCUGUGACAGAUCAAAAGAUCCAGUUGUUGGUGCGAGCAGAUACAAAUCUUGGAAAUAUUUUACUGAACAUUAUGCUUCAUCCGUCACUGCCUUGUUCAAGGACAGGAAAGAACAAUAUCCUUAUUGUUUGCAUUCCCAACCCUCCCAUUGAUGAGAAGAAUCCUGACACUGCUGUUCCCAUUUUGAUCCGUGUGAAAACCACUGAAGAUGCAGAUGAGCUCCACAAAAUUAUAACUGAGAAAAAACUUGCACAUCAAGUGUAAUUCUGGCUUAAUUUAGUGUUUAUAAAGAGUUUUUGCCAAGUUGCUGCUAGGGUGGUUUUCUUUUCUUUUAAUAAAAUUAGUGAUUGGGUGAAAGUGUUGGUUAGGCAGAUUGCACUUCAUUACAUUCAUCCUAAUUUGGAUAUGGUUAGACAUGGUCCUUUUUUUGUAUAUGUACUGAAGUUGCUUUCUGCAUAUGGUUGUCACCUAAUUUGAUAUUCUUAACAACAUUGUUAACUCUAUUUUAUACCUAAAAUUUGAUUAAAUGGGGCCAGCAUAUUCUUUCACCUUUUCAAUCCUGGACAUGAAAGAAUUUACAUGUGAACAUGGAGAUCAGAAAUUUUACGACUUACGUCUAACAUUCAGUCUUGUUAAACAGUUUUCCAGAUUCCUGUGUGGGGCUACAUGCAGCAGCAAUGUUUGAGGCUGUUCCAAUGAUUGUAGUAUAAUAGAAAUUCUCUUUUUUUUAAAAUUCCUACCUCACUUAACCCCUCAAAAGCCAAUUGAGAGUAUUUUUCACAAAGUGAGAAAAUGAGACUUGUACCAGAUGUGAUAGAAUACAUAGAACUCGGGAGAACUUGGAAACUAAAAUGAGCAAUAAAGGGUGGAAAUCAAGCAAAACAAAUCAGCCAAAAAAAAUUGAUCUGGAUUAAAAACGCUCCUCAAGGGAGGAAAAAAGGGAAUGACCAGUGCACAGAAUAAAACAUAACCAGAUUGUGUUUUUUAAAAAACCACAAAGUUGGAUCUUUUGUCAUUUUUUCCAAGGUCUCUUGUGCUGUCCAUUUUAGCUACGUGUAAACCACAUAUUCAUUUCAUGUCAUUAAAAUUGUAAUAAAAAAUUACAUUGAAUCUA